GCAGAAUAAUUUUGUUUGUGUGUAAACAAAAACUGUUUAUCUCACCUGGUUAGAAAUAUCCAUAAAAUUAAUACACUUGUAACGUACGAUAGUAAGACACUGUAGAAUGAAUAUAAAAGAGAAGGAAAAAUAUAUUGAAGAGUUUGAAUUUCCGUUUUGCGAUGAAGCCACAAAAUACGAGAAGGUUGCUAAAAUCGGCCAGGGAACAUUUGGUGAAGUAUUCAAAGCACGCGAUAAAGCGAAUCCCAAGAGAUUUAUCGCCAUGAAAAAGGUUCUAAUGGACAAUGAGAAAGAAGGUUUUCCUAUUACAGCCUUGAGGGAAAUCAGGAUAUUGCAACUUUUGAAAAAUGAAAAUAUUGUUAAUCUAAUAGAAAUCUGUAGAACUAAAGCUACGCAGCAUAAUCGAUAUCGUUCUACAUUCUAUUUAAUAUUUGAUUUUUGUGAGCACGACCUUGCCGGUUUACUUUCAAAUGUGAAUGUGAAAUUUAGUUUGGGAGAAAUAAAAAAGGUCAUACAACAGUUACUGAAUGGACUCUAUUACAUACACAGCAACAAGAUUUUACACAGAGAUAUGAAAGCGGCAAAUGUUUUGAUAACAAAAAAUGGUAUACUGAAAUUGGCUGAUUUUGGACUUGCCAGAGCAUUUAGUAUAAACAAAGGCGGCCAAGCAAACCGUUACACCAACAGAGUUGUGACCUUAUGGUACAGGCCACCAGAACUACUUUUGGGUGACAGGAAUUAUGGGCCACCGGUUGACUUAUGGGGUGCUGGCUGCAUAAUGGCCGAGAUGUGGACUCGAUCACCAAUAAUGCAAGGAAAUACAGAGCAACAGCAGCUGACUCUUAUAUCGCAACUUUGUGGUUCCAUAACGCCUGAUGUUUGGCCGGGAGUAGAUCAAUUAGACUUAUUUAAUAAAAUGGAAUUAAUUCAGGGCCAAAAACGAAAAGUGAAAGAAAGGCUAAGACCUUAUGUUAAAGAUGCCUAUGCAUGCGAUUUGUUGGACAAAUUGCUGAUUUUGGAUCCCAGCAAAAGAUUCGAUUCUGACACAGCUUUGAAUCACGAUUUUUUUUGGACUGAUCCAAUGCCUUGUGAUUUGGGCAAAAUGUUGGCCCAACAUACUCAGAGUAUGUUUGAAUAUUUAGCUCCGCCGCGGAGGCCUGGCCACAUGCGUCAUCCGCAUCAUCCAGUACCUGGAGGACAGGCAAAACCGAAUUCUACUGCAGUAGACACAAGCUAUCAAGACAGAGUUUUCUAA